AUGAGGGGCGGCGGCCACGCACCAACCUGCCCCGGGAGCGCCGAGAAUCCCACAAUCAGUGACCCUUCCCUUCCGUGCAGCAUCGCACAGAGGCCGGAGGGCCCGCUGGGCGCACAGGCCCGGCCUCUGCAGAACGGUUUCUCUCUGAAAGCGCCGCCGGGCAGCCCCGGCGCCGGGGUCCUCGCCACAGAAAGCCCGUUGCCAUGGCGCCGGAGCGCGCGCCGGCGGCCGUUGAGCCUCAGAGGCGCAGCCCAAGACAGUGUGGGGAGCCGAGGCCGCGGUUCCCAGCGCCCAACGGCACCGACGGCGAACCGUUCCCCGGCGCGCAAUGGCUCGUCGAGGCCGCCGCGGUCACCCCCUCAGCGGGCAGGGCGGCGGGGUCCCGGAAGCGCCUGGCGCCUAGCGAUGGAGCGGGGCGGGGCCUCGGGUCGGUCGGAGACAUCCGCUUCCGGGCCUGCGGCCAUUGCUCUUCCCGGAUCGACAGGCUCGCCUUGCCGUGCCCGGGACCACUCCCCAAGUUGUUCGGCACCUGAGGCGCGGCCGCCCUCGCCCCGCCGCCGGACGCCCUCGCCCCGCCGCCGGACGCCCUCGCCCCGCUGCCGGACGCCUCAGCCAGCCAUGCUGGAGCACCUGAGCUCGCUGCCCAUGCAGAUGGAUUACAAGGGCCAGAAGCUAGCUGAACAGAUGUUUCAGGGAAUUAUUCUUUUUUCAGCAAUAGUUGGAUUUAUCUACGGGUACGUGACUGAACAGUUCGGAUGGACUGUCUAUAUAGUUAUGGCUGGAUUUGUGUUUUCGUGUUUGCUGACACUUCCUCCAUGGCCCAUUUAUCGCCGGCACCCCCUCAAGUGGUUACCAGUUCAAGAUUCAGGCACAGAAGACAAGAAACCAGGGGAAAGGAAAGUUAAAAGGCAUGCUAAAAAUAAUUGAUUGGGAGUUUACAUGAUUCAGCUUUAUUAUUGUACCUGCUUUUGUAUCCUGUGAGAUGAGCUAAAUUUUCACACCCAAACAAGAGCUAAAAACCACCUAUGCUACGGUACAACUGUUAUAUUUUUCUCUCUAUAUUUCACUUCUCAGUUGGGCUUUGACUAGUACAUAUUUUAGACCUCUUCGUAAUCUUUCUCUGAAAUGGAGAACAGAAAAUACAAGUAUGCAAACUUUCUUUCAGGUCUACAAAAGUAAUACUUGCUUCAUAAAUGGUAGUACAACUUAAUUAUCAGAGUUUUAUAAAUCAUUAUUAAGCUGUUUGAAUAUUUUCAAUUAAAACUCACAGUGCAAGUCUA